CGAUGAAGGGAUUCCCCACCGUAAAGAGGCGGGAGUACUUUCUAUGUCGGCAAAAAGUCUGAAAAUCAAAAGCUUUGUUUCACAUUAGCAAGGCAUUGUCGGCACAGUAGAGGCACUUGAACUAGUUGCCUAGAUAACAAAUAACAGUCCCAGAGAUAGAUCCCUGUAGCUCUGGGUAGACCACCAACACAGCAGCAUUGAAUUCAGUCAGCAGCUCCUAUAGGGUAGAUCUCCACUCUACUGGGUGAUUAUCUGCAACAUUGGGCUGAUUUCUGCAACUUCCGGUAGAUUUCGCCAGCAGCACAGCCGAGAGGAGCAGGAGUAGAUCGCAGGAUGUCCGACAGUGAGGCUGACAGUGAUGUAGAUGAGAAGAAUCUCCCUUCCAGGGAGGAGUGCGAGGAGAGGUGUCAGAUGUUUGCCCAGGUGACCGGCACCGAUACUGCCCUCGCCAUGUUCUAUCUGCAAGACAGGGAAUGGAAUGUCGAGAUGGCACUGAAUGCUUAUUUCGGUUUUGACUGAGACGGGGGUGAGCCAUUGAUACCAAUUCCAAGCAACAAAGUUGGCCUAUCAACACAGACAGCAAAAAAAUUAUCUGCACCAACCGUCACAGCUGGGGGGGAAGGACCUGAUCCUGAGCCCCACCGCAUCCGCCUCUUGUCCUGGAACUUAGAUGGCCUUGACACUGGGAGCAUCAAAGCAAGGACGCAGGCUGUUUGUGACAUCAUCAAUAAGGAGAAGCCCCACAUAGUGUUCCUCCAGGAAGUGACCCCCCUAACCCUCCCAAUGCUGGAGGAUGGGUGCAGCAUGUACCAGCUGAUUCCAGGGGGAGACAACCACUAUUUUACUGCUAUCAUGCUGAGUGUUGGACAUGUAGAGUAUGAGGACAGUUCAGUUACACCAUUCCCCAACAGCAAGAUGUUGAGGAACCUUUCAACAGUCAAAUGUCGUGUGAAAGGCAUCCAAUUCCAAGUGAUGACGUCCCACCUGGAGAGUACAGCUGCCCACAGUGACGAGAGGAAGAGACAGUUAGUACGGGCAUUGGAGGCAAUGAAACAAGCCGAUCCUGACCGAACUGUCAUAUUUGGUGGUGAUACCAACUUGAGAGACAAGGAGGUUGCCCAGGUGGGAGGUGUUCCAGAAGAUAUCUACGACAUAUGGGAGAUGACGGGCCAGCGUCCAGAGGCCAAGUUCACGUGGGACAUGAGGAGAAAUGACAACCAUGAAUAUCCAGGCUACAAAUCAUUCCUGAGAUUUGACCGACUCUACGUCCGCCAUUGUAAACCCAGACCCAAAGUGACCCCUGUGUACUUCGAACUGUCUGGCCUUUCUAGACUCCCAAACCAAAGGUUCCCAAGUGAUCACUGGGGGAUUCUGGCUCACUUUGACAUCAAUGGCGUUACUAAGCCAACCUGAGUGUCAAUUUUUCUGUUUAGUAACAUAAUUGGCUUUUCAAAUUUAUGUGUAACUGUCCCAAGCAUCAAAAUAUAUCACUGGAAUCAGAGAAAUGAGAUCAGAAAACUGAUCAGAGAAUUGUAUGUAUCAAAUAUCUGUGUAUUAAAAAGUCUGAGAAUUAGCUAAGGCCAGACCAAUUUUAUUUCUUGUUUUAUUGAUCUGCCUGUCAUAUUUUUUCAAGAAUAAUAUGAAUGUUUUUAUAGGCCCAAAAUGUAAACUUACACGAAAAUUGUUUUGCCCCACAUUCAUAAGGUGCCAAAAGUAAAAUACUUUUAGUAUUUAUAAGGAAUAUCACUUUGUCUGGUGAUUUUUUCCCCUCCUGCCUUUAGGUUUUCUGAGGACAAAAAUACAUAAAACAAGAAAUAUAAUUUGUCUGGCCUAAGUAAAGUGGAGUUAUAUUUUUGUUCAUGAUGUUAAUCUUGUUAAUUCUUCAAUAUUCUUUUUAUCCCGAGUAAAAAAUCCGGUUAAAUUGUUAUCAAUAUGCAUGGCUGUGAGUUAUCUAUGUUUUUAUAAGAAACUUAACCUCUGACAGAUGGUAUGGUUGUUGAGCUGUCACAAAGAAGGAAAAGGGUUGCAAACCAACGAAUUCUGUUUCAAACAAGGACUGUAAAUUGGUUUGUGUGCACAGGAGGUAGGUUGUCAUGGGUGAAUAUCUGUCGUGCUUUGGUGAUGGAAUAUUUUCAGUUUUCUACCAGGGCAGGGUGUUUGAUCAUUGUCACAUUUAUCAUAUGUACUUGUGUCAUUCAAGUCAAAUUGUGAUUCACUGUUUUCAUGUGACAUUAAAUAGAUUCAUAUUUAA